AUUGAUUUUCCGGGAAUAAUAAUCCACACCACAUAACCUCAAAAAAAUGAUCAAAAUCAUCCCAUUUGUGUUUGGUGUUCUUUUUCAUGGAAUUUCUCCAUCGGAAGUGAUACAAAUAGACCUGAAGAAUACAGAAGACUUCCAAGACUUACCAAGAUUCUGGACAAGUACUGGAUUUUGCCCUCCAGCUCCAAUAAAUGCAUCUUCGGCAUUCCUCCUAUCACCCAGUGUCCGGCAGAAUUUGGAAUUGGUGGCUUCUGUUCCGAAUGCAGGGAUUACUCACAUCCGGACACAUUGGAUUCUUGAGCUAAUUGACGAAGAAUCUUCAGGUAAUGAUGUGAAAUUCUCCUUCCGGAAACUCGAUAAAUUUGUGGAAUUCCUGCAAAGGAUUCACCUCAUUCCCCAUGUGGAAUUCAUGGGUAAUCCUGGGAGGAUCUUUUCGAAUAAAUCAGCAAAAGAAAGGAAAUUUCUCUGGAGAGAUUUAACUUUCAAAAUGCUGAAGCACUUGAUUGUAAAAUUUGGCCAGGACUUUGUGACUUCCUUUCGCUUUGAAACGUGGAAUGAGCCAGAUUUGCUCAACUAUAAUCUUCUGAAUUUCUCUCUGCCUGAUUUUAUUGACUACGUGACUUCCAUCAGGGAGGGAAUGAAUGAAAUCCGGAAGAUCUCUCCUGAAAUUGAUUUAAAACUUCGUGGCCCUGCGGGAUUAUUUCAUCAGAGGGAAGUUCACAAGCUCUGCUAUGGCUUCCUGGAGUACUGCACCAGCAAUUCCUGCCCUAUUGGCAUCUUCACAUUCCACAGGAAGGGCUCCGGGAAGGCUAGAGAGAUCCUCACAGGUGGCAUUGAACUUUUGAGGAAUUUAACUCGAGAAUUCCCCUGGAUUGCCCACAUGGAAGUCUCUAAUAAUGAAGCUGAUCCCUCAUCGGGAUGGUCACGACCUCUACGGUCCAAUUCUGAUGUUAAAUACGCAGCGGAGCUGGUGAAAACCGUCCUAAUUCACUGGGAUGCAAAAAUGAGAGGAAUCCUCGAGAAUUUGGAAACAAUCAGCCAUGAUAAUGCCUUCCUAAGCUACCAUCCGUAUGAAUUUAAUCAGAGAACCCUCCUAGCACACUUCCGGAUGAAUAAAUCCACACCAAUUUACUCGGAAUUUGUUAAAAAGCCCGUUUUAGGAGCUUUGGGGCUUCUGGCGAAUCUCGCAAGUUCUUCCGGAAGCAUCCAAGAAAGGAAUGAUGUAAUGUUUAUCCCAACAAUGGGUCAGGAAACACCGGAAUUGCCAUUUUAUGGUUGUAUUGUCUUCGUAUCAACGGCUAUUGGAACACAGAGUGUGAGGAUUACAGUAAAACUCCCUCCGGGAAGGAAAUUGGUGGCUUUUGGGGAGAUUUUCGAUCAGAAGAAGACCAAUCCGGGAAGAUUAUGGCGCGAAAAUUCAUCCCCAUCGUAUCCUGAUGCCAAACUACUGAUUAAAAUGCGAAAAGUACAAACACCAGCAGUUGUCAUCCAAUCCCGUCUAAUGGAUGUUCCGGAAUUCACAGAAAAUUUAACAGUUUCAGCCCCAUUUGUGCUGUCUUUGAGAUUUUGUGAAAAUUCUACGGGGAAUCUUCCAAGGAGAGUGGAAAAUGUGAGAUUGAACCGGAUUUCCGGACAAAGGGUUACAAUUUUGUGGCAUGAAGACUUCCAGGUGGGGAGAUGUGUGAAGAAGUAUCAAGUUUUCUUCAAGGCAACUGGUAGGAAGUUGCGGAAGAGGAAAUGGGCAGAAAUUACUCAUGCCUGGCACAUUCCGGAUUGUUCAUUUGAUUUUUGGAGAUCUUCAGGAGUUUCAGGAGCAUACAAAGUCCGUUCAGUGGAUAUCCUUGGGCGUCAUGGGGAUUGGUCAAAGACGGUGCUUUUGUAUUGAAAAGUGCUUCAUGUAUUUUUCUCGUUGA